UUUUGAACAAAAAAAGACAGAGGAGAUAUUUUGAAGAUGGGAAUUUGCUGGGGUUCUCCAGCUGAUAAUCCAACACCAAGCACCAGUGCUCAUCUCAGUUCAGUGAUAUCUCAAACAACCAGCAACACAGCAUCUAGGGGCAGUAACAUCUCCGGUUACAGCAGGUUCUCGGCUUCUAGCGGUGACGAGCCUUCUCCAAAUGGGCAUGUUUCGCCAAGUUUUAAUAUGAGGAUCUUCAGUUUUGCUGAACUGAAGUCUGCAACUAAGAAUUUUAGGCCUGACAUGGUACUCGGUGAAGGCGGUUUCGGGAAAGUCUUCAAAGGCUGGCUUGAAGAGAAAGCACCAGGGAAGAGUGGAAGUGGAACCCUCAUUGCUGUUAAAAAGCUCAACUCUGAGAGCAUGCAAGGAUUUGAGGAAUGGCAGUGCGAGGUAAAUUUCUUAGAAAGGUUGUCUCAUCCGCACCUCGUAAAGUUGCUCGGAUACUGUUGGGAGGAUAAAGAGCUUCUUCUGGUUUAUGAGUUUAUGCAGAAGGGUAGCUUGGAAAACCAUCUUUUCGGAAGGGGAUGUGCUGUUCAAUCGCUUGAAUGGAAUAUACGGCUUAAAAUCGCAAUAGGAGCAGCAAAGGGCCUAUGUUUCUUGCACACUGCAAACAAGCAAGUAAUUUACAGAGAUUUCAAAGCCUCGAAUAUACUACUUGACGGUUCCUAUAAUGCCAAGAUAUCGGAUUUCGGGUUGGCCAAAUUCGGUCCUUCAGCUAGCAAAUCACAUGUGACAACAAGGGUCAUGGGAACAUACGGUUAUGCGGCUCCGGAAUAUGUAGCUACUGGACAUUUAUCGGUAAAGAGCGAUGUGUACGGUUUUGGUGUUGUUUUACUCGAAAUAUUAACAGGCUUGCGAACACUAGAUCCUAACCGUCCAAGCGGGCAACAAAAUCUGGUGGAAUGGGUGAAACCAUAUUUAUCUGAGAGAAGAAAACUAAGGAAGGUAAUGGACCAAGGAUUGGAUGGAAAAUAUCCUCCCAAAGCUGCAUUUCGAGUAGCUCAGCUUGCUUUAAAAUGCCUUGUGCUUGAACCGAAGAACCGUCCAUCAAUGAAAGAAGUUGUGGAGACUUUGGAACAGAUUAAGUCAAUCAGUGAAAAUCCGAAAGUACCAAGAAACCAUUCUCCUCGUCGCGCAACUCGCAGACAUAAAGAGCGCAGCCAUUAGACCAUCGAUCUCAACUUGCUCCAAGCAUGAAGCAUAUCAUGCCUAUUGAACCAU